AACUAGAAUACUAUCCACAUAGGUAUGAGAAUUCAAGAGAGGGCACCCAGUGUCUAUUCACUAAUCAUCUCGGCUGUCGGCUGUGCAGCACCUUAUUGUUAGUUAGUGGAACAAGUUACGCGACACUUGUUGAAUCCGAUUGAACACUAGGACCGCGGCAGUUGGCAGAACAUUUCAAGUCUUCCGUACUUUUCGUUUUAUCUAACUUUAAAAGCGUGAUUAACAAGUUAAUUUGCAAGUGAAGAAAUACAGUGAAGAACAAAAACAACAAAAAUAAAUGCAAUAUUUUAAAGAAAACGAGAGAUUUUAGAAAAAGUUGCUACAACAUUUUCAGCGUUUGCGGACCGAUUGCAAAACUACAAAUAAUUAUAUUUAAAAAAAAAAUAAAAUAAAAAUAAUAACAAAUUAAAAAGAGUUCCAAAAACCUUUGUGGCGUUCACUGGGCACUCGCCAAAAAAUUACGCCGAAAUACCAAUUGUGAUUUCGAAUACAGAGUCAAUAAGAAAUAAGCGCAAAAAUGCAUCAAUUCAAAUUAACCGAAAUGAAAACGAAUCUCCUGUACGCGCCCGAGUCAUACGCGCUGGCCCAUGCCGUCUCUGCCGAUCUGAAUACGAUGAAGGGCACGCUCGCUUGGCAAUUUGCCGUGAUUUUCGGCAACUUCGAGGAGCUCAGCAAGCAGCCGAUAACCGUGGGCAAUGUCGCCGUUAUGGAGCACCAGUCGCGUUUCAUUUACUUUCUGGUGACGAAGGAAAAUGUCUACGAGACCACAACAUACAACACAUUGCAUGCGGCGUUGAUUUGUAUGCGCGAACAUAUGCGCAUACACGAGAUCACAAAAAUCGCCAUGCCGCGCAUUUGCUGUGGCACAGACGGCUUGGAGUGGCGACGUGUCAAGCAGUUAAUACGCACAGUAUUCGCCAGAGAGACCAACGUGGAAAUACUGGUCUGUAGCUACAAUCAAACGGUGACAAUACCGCCAAAAUGUCAAAUUGUCGAAGAGAAGGGCAACAUCUUAAGCGCGCCGCAGGACUUCUCGCUGGUGCACUCGACCAGCGCCGACUUUGCUAUGUCCAGCGGCAUAGGCUUGCACUUCAAAUGCAAAUUUGGACAGAUCAAUGAGUUACAAAAACAAAAUAAACAUGUUGGCAAUGUGGCGGUGUUGAAGGAUAACAACCGUUAUAUCUACAAUUUAAUAACCAAGGAACGUAGUCAUGAGAAGUGCACUUAUCCGGCGCUUUACUAUGCGCUGAUGGCAAUGCGCGAACAUGUGGAGCAAAACAAUGUGACCAAGCUGGCUAUACACAGAUUCGGUGGCGACAUCGAUCGCUUGAGUUGGUUGCGUGUUAAGAACAUUGUGGAAUUCGUAUUUUGCAAUAAUGCCGUGGAAAUCAUUGCAUACGUCUAUGAUCCACCAGAGGUAGUACGCAGACGCUCACGUGAUUCACGCUCACGCUCGCGCACUUUGGAGUCCAUGGUUAAUCGCAUGUCGCUUUCACGAGACUUUCCUUGAAUGAAGUGGCAGUUGAUGCAGGCGAAGAUUUUAAGUUAAAAUGUGAAAUGUGUUUUUUUUUUACGCCCACAUAUAAACACACAGAGACACAGUUAAUUUAAUAAUAUUUUACUCAUACACCACAUAUUUAUAACCUUAAUUUUAAGUUUAUUAUUUACACUGAAAGCGGUGUUCCAGAAGGACAAACAUUGAAAGUGUUUUUAUUUGUUGGAAAAAAUAGCGUUGGAGCAGAGUAAAGUGUAUUUGUGUUGAAAAAAA